AUGUAUACCAAAGCUUGGUCUCUACACCUGAUCAGCCACAACCCCGCUUCGACUAGGCCCCUUAUCGCUUCUGACGGCAUUGCGCAGAAUGAUAGUCGAUCGUGUAUCCUAAAGACGACAUUUAGACCUACGCUGCAGAGUAAAAAAGACUUUGCCCCGCGCAACCACAACCCGGCCCCCUCGGGCAUCAUUUCGCCCCUCAUCUGA